AUGCCUCGAAUUUAUACAUUGUCAGAUAUAGGUGAAGGCAAUCGAGAAAUUGCUAUAGAGUGUGGCAAUCGACUUGCCAAUAAAUGUUCUAUCUUAGAUAAAGACAAUAAGCAUAUACAACAGUUAGAUACUUUAACAUCUCAAAUUAACCAAUUACAGAUUUCUAAUACUAAAUAUGGAGCCAAGGAUAUCAUUCGAUUGAAAAAAAUAAAAUCACUCCAGUCAAUGAACAAAAUAUUAAAAAGUAAGUUAGUGUCAGCUCAGAAGGAUGCAUUCUCAACUCAGAAAGAGAUAGUAAAAAAAGAAUCUGAGAUCAUAUCUCUCAAGUCUGAAUUAACAAAUAUAAAGAAUGAACUAAUGAAUACAAAAGAUGAAUUAGCUUCAAAAAUUAAAAAAAUUAAGUAUUUAGUCACUUUACACUCUGUUUCACAGAAAACAAAGGAUAUAUUAGAUCCUGUAGAGUCGAAGACUCAUUGCUCUGCAAUAGUUAUAGGAGGUGAGGAAAAAAAUAUGCAAAGCGAGGAACAAAGUUUCAUAUUAAAUUCUAGAAAUACAUCUGAAUCUAGACCUGAAGGGUCAUUGCUUUGCAGGCCCUUUAAGGGUGACUCUUCGAGUCAUAAAAGUCUUGCAAAAUAUUUUAAAAGUAAAACAUUACCAAUUAUCACAAAUAAUCAGAAUUCAGAGUCAUUGAUUCAAGAUAUUACAAAUAAGCAGAAUCCGGAGUCAUUGAUUCAAGAUAUUACAAAUAAGCAGAAACCGGAGUCUUUGAUUCAAGAUAUUACAAUAAAAGAGACAAGUGAAGGCACUAAUGUGCCUAAACCGAUCAUGAACGAACAAAGUGAAGAAGCAGUGCUUCAAGUUUUCAAUUCAUCUGAUAUACAAAAAAAAUCAAAAGAAAGAACUAUUGCAGAACAAGCCUAUAUAGAUGAAGCUAAUAAACAUGAAUCAAUUCGAAAUGUUGGAUAUCCAGCAAUGUCAUGGCCUUUCAGUAAAGUAUUUACUAGUAUAAGUGGUAAAGGUAAGACAAAUAUAGUUGGAAAUCUUGUUCUGGAAGAUAAAGCUGAAAAUAUAUACAAAGGUAAUCCUAAAGCACCUUACUAUGAAAAUAUAAGAUUUAAAUAUAUCUUAUCUGAAAAAAUUCCUAGUAUAAAAUCAUUUUCUUCAGAGAGGAGUAUUGUAAUUAUUUUUGAGGAUUUAUAUGUAGCCCCCAAUUCAAUUUACAUAACGCAAAAAUAUCAUCAUGUCCCAAUAAUUAUUCGUGAAAAUCUUACCCACUUAGUUAUAUUUAAUGGGGGCAGUAGUUAUCAGGAUGUGUCCAAAAUAAUUGGACGAUAUACUGAUAAUGUUAAGAAUGCAUCAAUGGUUAUUAAUAGUUAUCUUCGAAAAAAUGAAUUUAUUGUAUUUGAUCUUACUAGGUCAGAGGAUGAUCCAUUAGCAAUUUGUUUAAGAUUUGAUACUCCACUGGAUUUGCAUAAAGAGAUAGAGUUAUGUCAAAAGCACAAGAUAAAAAAUGCAUUGCCAGCUGAGCCCAAAAAAACUGAAAAAUUGAAUAAAUAA